UUGACGAACACGGAGAAAUGGCGGACAUGGACGAAUUGUUCGGGAGCGAUGGCGACAGUGAAAAUGAACAUCGAGAGUCCGGUUCGGGCUCCGGCUCAGAUUCAGAGCAGGAGAGACCCAGGUCUGCCAGCAACGCCUCAGGUAGCGACAGUGAGCGGGACCACGACGAUGACGAGGACGAGGAGGUUCGGGAUGCGGGGAAGCCGAGCAACAAGGAGCUGUUUGGUGACGACAGCGAGGAGGACCGGGGAAGCCAGCACAGCGGCAGCGACAACCGAUCGGAAAGGUCGGAUAAUCAGUCGGAGGCCAGUGUGCAUUCGGAGCAAGAGGACAACGAGCAUUCGGACGCGGAGCAGUCGGAGGGGCACCGGGAGGACGAGGACGCCGAAGGAGGACACAGCCCGCAGUCCGAGCCAGGCAGUCCCCACUCCGACGCCGCCAGCCCCAGGUCAGAUGCGGGCAGUGCCCAUUCAGAGGCCGGCAGUCCGCGUUCCGACGCGGGCAGUGCCCACUCCGACCCCGGGACGCCGCGGUCUGGUCCUGGCACACCGCACACGGACGGAGAAGCCUCGGGGAAGGAGGUCCACUCGGACGAUGAGAAGUGGGGUGGAGGAGCCAAGAGCGAUCAGUCCGACGAAGAGGAAAAACAAGGGCGAUCAGACGAGGAGCGCGGGCGCUCUGAUGAAGAGGGCGAGGAGAGGGGGCAUAAAUCAGGGUCUGCUAAAGGCAGUGACAGUGAAGACGAUUUUGUUCGACAGAAGCACAAAAAGAAGAUUGCAUCAGAUUCAGAUUCUGACAGUGACUCUGGAGCUCGCAAAGAGAAGAAGCCUGCUGCGGAUGACCUUUUUGGGGAGGCAGAUGACAUCUCCUCUGACAGCGAUGCAGAUAAGCCCCCGACUCCUGGCCAGCCACUGCUGCAGGGCAAUGAGGAUGGGAUGGAGGCAGAACAGCAGGAGGAGGAGCCCGUGCCGGAGACCAGGAUAGAGGUGGAGAUUCCCAAAGUCAGCACAGACCUGGGGAGUGACCUGUACUUUGUCAAGCUGCCCAACUUCCUGAGCGUGGAGCCCAGGCCGUUUGAUCCACAGUACUACGAAGAUGAGUUUGAAGAUGAGGAGAUGUUAGAUGAGGAGGGUCGGACCAGACUCAAACUGAAGGUGGAAAACACCAUUCGGUGGAAGGUUCGAAGGGACGAGGAGGGGAACGAAACACGCGAGAGCAACGCCCGCAUCGUCAAGUGGUCCGAUGGCAGCAUGUCUCUGCACCUGGGGAACGAGGUGUUCGACGUGUACAAGGCCCCCCUGCAGGGAGACCACAACCACUUGUUCAUCCGGCAGGGAACCGGUCUGCAGGGACAGGCUGUGUUCAAGACAAAACUCACGUUCAGGCCCCACUCCACAGACAGCGCCACCCACAGGAAGAUGACGCUCUCUUUGGCAGAUCGCUGCUCCAAGACCCAGAAGAUCCGCAUCCUGCCCAUGGCGGGACGGGAUCCGGAGUCUCAGCGCAAUGAGAUGAUCAAGAAAGAGGAGGAGAGGCUGCGCGCCUCCAUCCGGCGGGAGUCCCAGCAGCGGCGCAUGCGGGAGAAGCAGCACCAGCGCGGGCUGAGCGCCGGGUACCUGGAGCCCGACCGCUACGAGGAGGAGGAGGAGGGCGAGGAGUCCAUUAGCCUGGCUGCCAUCAAGAGCAAGUACAAGGGGGGUGGAGGCCUGAGAGAGGAGAGGGCCAGGAUCUACUCCUCCGACAGCGACGAGGGCUCGGAUGAUGACAGGGCGCAGAGGCUGAUGAAGGCCAAGAAGCUGGACAGCGAUGAGGAAGGAGAGGGCUCUGGCAAGAGGAAGGCUGAGGAUGAUGAGGAAACGUCAACAAAGAAGGCCAAGAAAUAUGUGAUCAGCGAUGAAGAGGAGGAUGACGAUGAUGAGUAAUGAGUUCUUUUUGUUCUGUCAUCUGCCAAGGAAUU